AUGGUAGAAGCGUCUAUUUUUAUUUCAUUGGUAUUUGUUGCACUGCUGGUUCUCGUUCUGUUCUUUAUAUUGGUCUGUUACAUGUACAUCAAACAUCGGAGUGACCUGCUGCUGAGAGAGAUAGAGAUGAUAGACGAUAAGUGCAUAUUCAUGAAUGAAGAUUGCUAUCUUGUGGUCGAGAAUUACAACAACAACCUAUGCGAUAUAUUUAUCAUUUCUAUAUAUUUAAAGUGUGGAAUCAAGGAAAAAUCAACAUUGAGUGACCAUAGUUGCUAUCAUGAAAAGCGAAGUGUUCAGGAUGUGCUAGAGAUGAUUGACGAGGACAGUUAUUUACAUGUAACUGCGAUAGACAGGAAGGACACGGACAGUUUUAUGUAUGACAAUGUUCUUUCGAAAUGCGCUCGAGUUAUAUUUCCGAAUUUCUUGAUAUUUGAUGUGCAAAGACUUGUGCGAUUUGUUUUUCAUCUAAAAUUAGGUUACCAUGUUGCUUGGUUGAUAGAGUUUAGCGAGCAGAAUAUCGUUGCAAGUGCACACUCGUAUAACGGGUUAAAGAACGUGCAUCAUAGUGAGGUAUUACACGUGAACAAUCUAAAUAAUAUGAUGGGAAAGUUUUUUGGUUUUAUCAUCGGUAAAUUUAGCUUAAGAAACCGAUUAAAACAAAAGAAAUGA